AUGGCUCAUGGGUUGGCCCGUUAUCUCAACGGGUCACUGAACCUCGACCUAGCUCAUGGCCGGGUUAUCUGGACACUGUCAGUCAAUGGCCCAGGUGUUGAGCCCACACAGCCAUGCCCUUCUGCCGGAAUUAGGCCAACUUAUACAGCCCCACAGGCCACCGGAAAAGCUGUAAACAACGCCACCUGGCAUGAGUUUCGGAGAUUCCUCGAUGUUGGAAGAGGCAGCCAAGUCUCUGGCAUGGCGGAGCUCAAGAAGUACCUUCAUCGUUUUGGUUAUCUCUCAUUACAGGAUUCAAAUUUCACUGAUAUUUUCGAUGCACGAUUUGAACACGCCAUUAAUAGAUAUCAGGCAAAGCUCGGCUUGUCAGUCACCGGAAAGCUCGACUCCGACACUGUUUCUCAGAUCAUGUCACCGAGGUGCGGUGUGCCGGACACACGGCCGUCGUUGCAUGCAACGAGACACUAUGAAUAUUUCACCGGACAUCCAAGAUGGACACGCAAUGUACCCAUAAAUCUUACAUACGCAUUCUCGCCGGAGAAUUUGAUCCGGUCAUUGAGCUUGUCGGAUAUAAGGGAGGUCUUUAAACGCUCUUUUUCUCGUUGGGCAUUGGUAAUUCCGGUGAGUUUCUCGGAAACAGACGAUUAUGAAUUCGCCGAUAUCAGAAUAGGGUUUUACAGUGGUGAUCAUGGCGAUGGUGAGCCAUUUGAUGGUGUUCUAGGGGUUUUGGCCCAUGCAUUUUCGCCAGAGACCGGGAGGUUCCACCUCGACGCCGCUGAGAUCUGGGCGGUCGACUUUCAAUCGGAGAAAUCGAACGUCGCCGUCGAUCUGGAAUCGGUGGCGACACAUGAGAUAGGACAUGUUUUAGGGUUGGCACACAGUUCUGUUAAAGAAGCAAUAAUGUACCCUAGUUUGAAACCUAGAGAGAAGAAGAUGGAUUUGAAGGUUGAUGAUAUUAGAGGCAUUCAAGCUUUAUAUGGAUCAAACCCUAAUUUCAACUUUGAAGCUUUGUCUGAAUCUUACACUUCUUCGAAUGAUGGUGUCGAUCAUACGAGGUUUAGAUCACGGGCAUGGUCCACCUUGAUGAUGAUAUUGACAUUAUGGUUGUACUAA